AUGCUCCCCACCGAAUUGACGCAAGCCUAUCAGAAUUUGACGCCGCAAGAGCAAGCCGCUUUGAAGGAGGUCUUCCAAAACUACCGAAACUACCGGAACGAGCACGAGUUCAUCGCCGCUCUCAAACAGAGAUCUCCGUCGUUGGGAGCUCGUGCCGAGCAGAAAAUGCACCAAUUGCAGCGCAAAGUCUCCGGUCUCAGCGACGAGUCGAAGAUGUUUGUAGAGAAUCUAGUGGCGACGGCGCGCGAUGUCUACGCGCAGAAAAUCAGCGGAGCACAGUUGGAUCGAUCGGAGCUGCGGCAGAUUGGAAUGGGAGUCGUCCAGCAGUACAGAUCGCUUUCUCCGUACGCACAAGACGAGCUGAGGCAGACGUUCCCCGAGAUUUUCCAGUUUCUGGCCCAGGCACGUGCGCAGGGACUACGAGGGAUGUUCCAGAGAUUCUUCGGUGGAGGCAUGGGACGAUAA